UUGAUUCACGAUUACCUAUUGAUUUUUGAAAAUUGUUAGGUUAUAAGGUGGAAUGGUAAAGGAUAUAAAAUCAAGGGCUGAGCCAUAUAGCAUCAUCUUUCCUAGCAGUUUUUCUGUGCUGUUUCUCGCAUUCCUGCUUCUCUUUGGCAUUUGAUGUUCCCUACAGAAUUGUAUGGGGUCAAGAUACACUCCCUCUUUUGUCUUUGGAUGGAGUGAGUGCCUGUGCGAAACUACACCCUGAAUCACUAGAUGAGUUAAGAUGGAAGAGUCAGAACUCUGGAUUCUAUAGGAGUAGGACUCCUAUACCUAGGGUUUAUACUACUUCUGUUAAUAUUUCAAAUAGUCAGCUCUUGUAAGAGGUGAUAAACCAAGCUACCAUUCAACUGAUUUAAACUGUUUCUUUGAUCUUACUUUCCUUAAAAAUGAAUUAUGUAUUUAGAAAGGGAAAUGCAUCUUUAAUGAUCUUCCUAUAUCUGUUGGAGAUUGUUUUCUUUAGUAAUAUUAUUUCUUUCUAAAACAUAAAGUACUUAAAAGCUGAAGCCACAUUUACAAAUUACUAUCAAAUUGUAGUAAUUUGGAACUAUUCCAGUGCUUUUUCUCCCAUGCAGAUGAAGCCAUCUGAAAUUAGUAUGUGUGAGAUGGGUUAACCUGGUAUGUAUGUAUGUGGCAGCAAAACUGCUCAUUGUUGCUACCUUACUUGGAACCUUUUCCAAAUAUAGGGAAUGGUUGCUUUAUGAGGAACAGCUAAGUUAGGACCUGUCAAUCUGGAAAAGAGAUGAUGUGGCAGGGAGACAUGUGAUGGAGGCUUACAAAAUCAUGACAGAUUGGGAGAGAGUGGACAGAAACCGGUAACUCAUCUCUUCCAAUAUGUGAACUAGGGGAUCUCAAACAGAGCUAAUAUGAACCAGAUUUAAGCAAAAGGAAGUCCAGUCCCUGACCUCGGUACAGUGGAUAGUAGACCUGUGAAAUUAAUUGCUAAAGGGUGUUGUGGAUGCUAGAAGUCUAUGUGGUAGUUUGGUUAAGUUCAUGGAAGUUAAAUGAUUUGUGAUUUACCAAAUAUAGAAAAUCACAUCUGGCUUAGCAAGUUCUUCUAGAGGAAAAUGGGAACACAUUUGGGAUAUAUAUUAUUGGUUUUCACUCUUUGAUGGCAUCUAGGAUCUCAUACUGACCCAAUAUAGCUGGUCUCAUGCACUUUCCUUAUAUCCUGUUGCUAAGCUGAUAAUGACUUUCUAAUUUUUUUCUAAUACUGAUGUAAGUAUCAAAAUCAAACCAUUAGCACACCAGACUCUGGGGGCAGGGAUUGGGAAGAAAAAGAUAAAAACGUGCCUCCUCCCUUAUAAGGCGCUUAACUCUCCCUCAGUUCUUGAUUUAUAGAUACUUUUUUCUUCUCUUCCUAGUGAAAAAUGUAAAUUUGAGGCCACAUAAACAACAGGGAAGUCUUGUAUACAGUUACGGAAAUGCCACUGAAGGUACGUUUCUCAUAUAUGCGGAUGAAGUAUCUCUUCAUCUCUUGGUUAGUAGUAUUUAUUGGCAGCUGGGUUACCUAUGUUCAGUAUUCCACCUACACAGAACUAUGCAGAGGACAUGACUGUAGGAAAAUAAUAUGUGAUAAAUACAAGACUGGAAUUAUUGAUGGGUCAGCAUGUAGCAGUCUUUGUGCUAAGGAAACAUUGUAUUUUGGAAAAUGUUUGUCAACAAAGCCCAACAGCCAGAUGUAUUUAGGAAUCUGGGGAAAUCUGCAAGGUGUUAUAAAAUGCCAUAUGGAAGAAGCUGCUAGACUGGAUUUUGGUACUGACCCAGAACCAAGGAAGGAAAUAGUCCUGUUUGAUAAACCAACAAGAGGAACCACUGUUGAGAAAUUCAAAGAAAUGGUAUAUAGUCUUUUCAAAGCAAAAUUGGGUGAACAAGGAAAUCUUUCAGAACUGGUUAAUCUCAUCCUAUCUUUUGCUGAUGGAAACAAAGAUGGUAGAGUUUCUUUGCCAGAAGCAAAAUCUGCAUGGGCACUUCUGCAGCUAGAUGAGUUUCUGUUAAUGGUGAUGUUGCAGGAUAAAGAACAUACUCCCAAGCUGCUGGGUUUUUGUGGGAAUCUCUAUGUGACUGAAAGAGUUGAAUAUACCUCUCUCUAUGGAAUCAACCUUCCAUGGAUUAUAGAACUUUUCAUUCCCUCUGGCUUCAGAAGAAGCAUGGACCAAUGGUUUACUCCAUCAUGGCCAAGAAAGGCAAAAAUAGCUAUAGGGCUUUUAGAAUUUGUGGAAGAUAUUUUCCAUGGACCUUAUGGAAACUUUCUUAUGUGUGAUACAAGUGCCAAAAAUUUGGGAUAUAAUGAUAAAUAUGAUUUGAAAAUGAUGGACAUGAGAAAAAUUGUGCCAGAAAUGCAUUUGAAGGAAAUGAUUAAAGAUCGUCAGUGUGAAUCAGAUUUGGACUGUAUUUAUGGUGCAGACUGUAGAACUCUGUGUGACCAAAACAAAAUGAGAUGUACCACAGAAGUAAUUCAGCCAAAUUUGGCAAAAGCCUGUCAGCUGCUUAAAGACUAUCUGCUUCGUGGUGCUCCUUCUGAUAUCCAUGAAGAACUAGAAAAACAACUGUACUUGUGUAUUGCUCUUAAAGUCACAGCAAAUCAGAUGGAAAUGGAGCAUUCUUUAAUACUGAAUAACUUAAAAACUUUACUGUGGAAGAAAAUUUCCCAUACAAAUGACUCUUAGCUUCUCCACCAGCAGAAGAUAACAUUGAUGCCUGCCACUAGAGGUGGCCUAUCACAUUUGAUAAAAAUGAUCUGCAGCAUUUUUUAAAGGUUUCUUUACUCAAGAUUUCAUUAAUUGCUCUUAUAACUCUUGCCCUUCAGUCAGUACCUUUAAGAUAGGGCUUCUCAAAGAACGAACGUGCCACUGAAUGAUCGGGCAGAGGCCAGAAGCACUUCUGGUGUUCCACUGCUAUGUUACGGAAACAAAACCCUUGCAUGCUUGACUGUUCUGUGCACUUUGUCAGAUCUUUAACAGGAUGAAAAGUAUUUACUGUGCCACUACAUCAAGUGAUGGAACAUCUUCUAAUUCUGUGCAAAUCAUUGCUCACUUGUGAAAUACCUGCAUAAGACUUUAAUCUUAAGUAGUUUUAUGAAGAAACACCACUACUGCAAAUAAUGUGUCCAAGUCCAAGCUGCUGUUGUGAAUAAACUGAACUGUUGAGAUUGAAGUUUACUAAUACCUUGGCACGGCAGAAUUUGCACAUUAAUAAUUUUAAAGCUGUGGAAAAUUAGGAUUUUACUCUAGAACUGACAGGUUGUAAUAUGAGACUUAAAUCAGAUUCUGUUUACACCUUGUUACCUCAUGCUUACAUCCUGAAUGUUUAAGUAGUUCAACACUUUUUAAAUCCUCACACAGCAAACCACGUUGGGAGCCAAGAAUAUUAGGAUGUUAUUUUUUACAAUCAUGUACAUGGUCUAGAAGCAGUAUCAGCAUCCAUUUCAAAAACUGUAGAUUAUCGUACUUCAGUUGAAGCAUUUAACUCAAAUUAAACUGUAGCAAACAUGGAAAAGUAAGGAGUUUGUGGAGUGAGCUAUUGCAUGGGAACUUAAUUUUUAAUAAUACUGAGAGCAGAAAUAACCAAGCAGUUAAAAAAGGAAACUUGCAUAGCACAGGAAUCUGCUCUAGAUGUGAAACGAGUGAUAGUUGUGGAUAAAGUUUUGACUCUUUACUGUCCCUCCAGAUUUGGGUACAGACUUGUCCUUAAAUUCUCUUGAACUCUUGUGGGAUGUAUAUAAGCCAGAGCUAGACCUGAACUGCGGGACACAAGCUAGAUUGCUCAGGAUCAUGGAACACUGCUUAAAUGAGCCUGUGAGCCAGUAACAGCUAGCAUUGAGGUGGAAUUUAAGUGAGCUGUAGUGUUACUACAUUUUUUUUAUAGUAGCAUCUAUGAGUCACUGUUAAGUCUUGAGUAAAUAAAACCAUCUGAUCCUGGCAUUCCAUAUGGCAUGACCAACGUACUGCCUUUAAUCUGCACCUGUUUUUUCUCAGAUUUACAUCUGUUUCCAAUUACUCAGAACUGGAUGUCCAUAAAACACCUUAACAUUGUCCUCAAUACUUAAAAGCAUUUUUAAAAUAAACGUUAACAAUUAGGUAGGAAGUGGUUUUAGUAGCAGUCAUCCUUGCCCUUUAAUUCAUUUUCAGCAUAGUUAAGGACAAGCUUUAUUUAAAUAUUUGAAGGUUCUUAAUUCCUUUAGCUAUCCUGUAUUAAAUGCUUUCCUUAAACAAUUUAAGUAGAAGACCAACAAACUCAUUUUUCCAUACCGUAGUACGCAGCUUGGGUUAAAAGUGUUAUUGUUUUGUAAACACUGGCUUUUUCAUUUAAGAAUUACUGUGCUAAUGUGAAUUAUUGUCUCCUAACUUGAUGAUGUCCUCCAACCACAAGCUAGUAAGUAUCUGUAGCCAGGAAUACACUCAAGUGUAAAGUGGUCAUGUUCGUGGUGGGAAAAAUCUGACUGUAGUUGCUAAUAGGUUUUUGGGCAGAGAAGAUUAUGGAACACAAAAUGAUGUUGGGUAUUUUAAACAACUGGAAAACAUGUUUAAUAGUGCAGUUUGUUGUACAGAAUCUUCAUUUCUAUUGCUGUUGCAUAAAGUUGAACCUUUCAUUGGAGGAAAAAAAAUAUACUUUUGUUUACAAUCAAA